AUGGUGAACCUGUGCCGCCUCCUGGCAGCGCGCGACGGCGUCACCGCCACCAUCGUCGUCACCGAGGAGUGGCUCGGUCUGGUCGAUACCCCGACGGCGACCCUGGGCCCACGCGUCCGCUUCGAGGCCAUCCCCAAUGUGGUCCCCUCUGAGCACGGGCACGCCGGUGACAUGGUCGGCUUCGUGGAGGCCAUGUACACCCGGAUGGAGGCGCCGUUCGAGCGCCUCCUCGACGAGCUCCUCGCCGCGCCACUGGCGCCCGCAGCCAUCGUGGCCGACGUGUUCGUGCCAUGGACCGUCGCCGUCGACGCAUGGAGAGGCGUGCCGGUAUGCGUGCUCUGUCCACUGAGCGCCACCAUGUUUGCGGUGCAGUACAACUUCCACCGCCUGCCACCUGCGGCGGAUGACGGCGGCAGCACUUCGCCGGUGAACAAGACCGCCGGUACAUGA